GAGAAUGUUAGGCAGAGGCAUCUAAAAUUCGAAGGGUUCUAAAAUAUCUCUUGUUUUCGGGUGCUAAAUUGUUCUUUGACCAUACAUAUUUGUUAAUAAUUGGCAUUUCCUUUCUCUUUAUAAAUGUACAUCUACGUAUUUGGACGAUACCUUGACUAGAGUCCACUAGCUUUUUUACCCUGAGCUUUAUUUCAAGAACAACUCAGAUCUUAUAUGUCGUUAAUUCCGUCGUCACCAACGAUCUUUAUCUCCACAUACCAAACAUACAACUACUUCUAAAUCCGCAAUAAGAAAACCACCCACGCUCGUGUUUACCCCCUAGUAAUACAGUGGACAAGGGGUGAGGAGGAUUGACCUUGCAGGAUGGUGCGCGCCAUCAAAGGUACCUUGGUCGAAUGUGACCCCUCGAUCAAAUCCAUCAUCAUCAGUAUCGACAGCGAAGAUAAUGAGUAUAUAAUCGAGGACCUUGAUGAAUCUCAUCUUGUAGUCAAAGAUAAUAUGGUGGCCAAGUUGAAGAUGGAGCUCGACAGGCGAUUGAAGGAGAACGUGCCCGACGUGGACGACGACUCCGAUUCGGAUCGAGAUGUCAAAUGAAGAAGCAGCUCAGUUUUAGACUAUAGAUACACUAAUUAUUGCCGAAUACAAUGCACGAAAAGGAUAGAGGACCUCCAGUCUCCUCAAAGUAUACCGUGGCCGGGUUUAUCUCUGCGUGUUUAUA